AAUUAAUAGCAGUCUUGCAACCUGGUUGCGGCUCGCCGGGGCGUGCACGCGAUAUCCUUGCAAAUUGCCACGCACCAUCGGGACCAGCGCAACAUGGCAUCAGUGUCUGAUGGCGAGCUUCUUGUCAUUGGAGCGGGAUUUGGGCGCACCGGAACGCUGUCGCUCAAAGCAGCACUGGAUAUGCUCGGCUAUCGCACAUACCACAUGAAGGAGGUGGCCUCCAACCGGGGACACGACGAGGCGUGGCGCGCGGCGGCACGUGACCAGAUGGCGGGCCGCCCCACCGACUGGCGGGCGAUGUUCGGGCCGGGCGGCUACACAGCGACUGUGGACUGGCCAUCCGCGCGCUUCUACAAGGAGCUGCUUGCGGCCUACCCGGGAGCCAAGGUGGUGCUGAGUGUGCGGGAGUCGUUUGACACCUGGUAUGAGAGUGUCAGCGAGUCCAUCUACCCCUCCAGCAUGACUGGGCUCCAGGUGCGGCCGCCGCCCUGGCUGGCGCCCUGGUUCAGCAACUACACCUCCCACUACUCCAUGGUAGACGAGGUCAUCUGGACGGGCACCUUUGACGGCCGCUUCGAGGACCGCAACUUCGCCCGCCAGGUGUACGAGGCGCACAUUGCCGAGGUGAAGCGGGUGGUGCCGCCAGCACAGCUGCUGGUGUUCAGUGCGCGGCAGGGCUGGGCGCCGCUGUGCGCCUUCUUGGGCCGCCAGCAGCCCUCGCCCGACACGCCCUUCCCCCACGUGAAUGACAAGGCCGACUUCAACCAAGGGCUGGGCGCGCGGCAGCGGCGGGCACGGCUCUACAACAACAUCAUCCUAGCGAGCAACGCCGCGCUGGCGGCGGCGCUGGCGGCAGGCGUGGGGCUGGCGGUGCGGGUGCUGCGAGGGCAUCGCCGGCGGGUUGACUAAGCCGGUUUUGGACACUUAAGAUAAGGGGAAGGGGAGGAUUCGGGUUGCGGGAUCCUACAUGGGAGCAGUUGCGACAGAUUGUGGCAACACCAUGUGCGCUCGUGUGGACAGCACGUCACGCCGCGCAAUAGUACGGUACAUUGUGUACAGCACUGGUAUACGUCCAAAGCACCAAACCGGGCAGCCGAGGCCACGGCGAUGGCGAGUGCUGGUGAUGGAGGGAGGGAACGGCCGAGUACGGCGAAAAGUGGAGGUGUCGCGGGUGUGGUUGGCGUGGGGAGUGCGUGUCGGCGGAUGAAUAAGGUGCAGAGUUGCGGUAUGCGGUGGGUCAACAAUUUCAGGCGUUCAAAGCUUUUGAACAAAGGAAAGCUGCUGCUAUGCUGGCAACGCGCACCGGUCACUGCGCGGCGGCACGAUAAAUACCAUCAAGGUAUACAGGAGUGCCUUUGGUGCCCCACGUUGCUGCCCGUGCACGCGUACAGGAUCGGUGUCAGGUGCUGAGAUGCUGUACGGUAUGUGCAGUGGGGUGAGCUUGAGGGCCCAAGCAAGGAAGGGGGGUCACGCAAGGCCGUUCCAUGGCAUGCGGUGCAGCUUGUCGGCGGUGGUGGGGCUGAGUGUAAGGCAGCCACAAAAUACGUGUGUUGGCGGUCUCGCAAGUCGCAGUGAUGGACACCGCGUGGCAUGGGAGGCGGUUGCCCUUGAACGAGCUGUGGCUGGUAGAGGGCUAGAUAAGCCCACACCGUGUCGCACCGUACGACUGUACGAACUACGAAGCUAAAGGAACGGCCUCAU